UUUCGCUUUCCUUCCCGCAAAAACUGACUUAUUCUCUCCGCUUUCUAAAGUUAUUGUCUUUUUUUUUUUUUUCUCUUUCUAAAACGAAAACUAAAAUUAUUAUUAAAUUUUAUAAAUUUAAAGCUAAAGCUAUGCAGAUAAAUUCUGUACAAAUACAAUCCUCCUGCAACGCUAUUAUAGCUUCCUCUUAGAUCGAAUCAGGUAUAGUAGAUUUGAUCUUUGGAAGUUUGGAGGUUAAGUUUGGUAAAUCAAUGCAGGUGGGGGCCAACUUAACAUUUGUAACUCCCUAAUUGGUGCCUAAUUUUGAGAUUCUUUCGAUCAGAAAGUCAUGGUGAUUUAGUUGUAAUGAAUAUCCGAGAGUUAGGUUGUGGUGAAGAGGCUAUAUUUAUAAUUAUAACCAAUGGGGGUGAGCUACUUAGCAAUUUCAGCUGUUUGUACAGUUUUAAGUUUUGUAGGUCUUCAGUGGUGGACAGAGUUUUCAUUACAUAAACUAAGAACAGAUGGGUUAAUCGGUGAGAAUUUGGUUGACUUGGAGAAUGCCAACCAUGCCCUGGAGUUGUUCUUGGGUUCGUAUGCCACAGUUGCAUUGCUGGCAAAUUUUGCGCUCAAUGUUUUUAUUCUACUUAUUCUUUGUCUCAAGACUAUAUUCUUUGUAGAGUUGUAUCCUUCUGAAACUCGUAAAUUUGUGGAACGUCUUAUCAACUAUGUCAUUUACAAGGGAACAUUUCUACCGCUUGUUGUUCCACCAACAGUAUAUCAAAUGGGCUUGUGGUCAAUUUGGUUGACAGUCUUAUGUUCUUUAAAGCCCUUUGAGAUCAUUGAAAAAAUUGGCAAGGUGGCUUAUAAGUUGAAAUUGCCUACUAUGUCAAAAAUACAUCCAAUUUUUCAUGUCUUUGUUCUUAAGAAGAAGCUUGGUGCUGAUCAUGUAGUGCUAGAUGUCCUCCCUGAAGUUAAUUCUAUAGACCAACUCAUUCCUUCUCCUAAGGUUGUGUUGGACCAGCAAGUUCGUAAAGGCAAGACUGAGAUUUUAGUCCAUUGGAAGGGCUUGUCUCCCGCAGACUCAACUUGGAAUGUUCGUGAUUUGAUUCAAGAGCGUUUUCUAGAUUUUAUCCUUGAGGACGAGGAUGCUUUGUAA